UACAGAAAUCCCUUUCCAUUUUGAUUUUAAAAUCUUAGUGGAAAAACAGAAAGUUUAGGAAGGUGGAGUAGACUUUCCCUCCUACACUACACAUUAGUAAACUCUUCUUGGCUAGUUUUUCUCCACACGUUUCAUUCUUCCGUUUGCAUUCUCUUGUGGCAAAUGGCGACGGAAAUUGAAUCGGCAUUGAUAUUUCUGGGAACGGGAAGUUCGGGAUCGGUUCCCUCCAUGAGUUGCCUCAUUGAACCUUCAGAUCCUCCGUGUUCUGUUUGCACUCAAUCCCUUUCUCUCCCACCUCAAUCCAACCCUAACUACAGGUGCAAUACCUCUCUGUUAAUCAAAUAUUACUCUCAAACCGAUGCCACUCACAAAUAUAUAUUGAUUGAUGCUGGCAAGACCUUCAGGGAGUCUGUACUUAGGUGGUUUGUUUUCCAUCGCAUUCCCAGAGUAGAUUCUAUUGUUUUGACUCAUGACCAUGCUGAUGCAACCCUUGGAUUGGAUGAUAUUCGUGCUGUGCAGCCAUUUAGUCCCACAAAUGAUAUUGAUCCCACCCCAGUUUACUUAACUCAACGCUCAAUGGAGAGAAUGGAAAAGGUCUUUCCUUAUUUGGUUCGGAAAAAACAGAAAGAAGGGCAAGAAAUACGAAGGGUGGCCCAGUUUUGCUGGAACAUAGUUGCUGAAGAUUGUAACCAACCUUUUUUUGCAUCAGGCUUAAAAUUGAUUCCUUUGCCAGUAAUGCAUGGAGAGGAUUAUAUCUGUCUGGGUUUCCUUUUUGGUAAUAAAGAUAGGGUGGCUUAUAUUUCUGAUGUUUCACGGAUUCCAGCUAGUACCGAGUAUGUCAUUUCAAAAAAUGGGGCUGGACAGUUGGAUCUUCUUAUUUUGGAUUCAUUGAAAAAGACUGGAUCACACAAUGUUCACUUUUGCCUUCCACAGGCCCUUGAAACUGUGAAGAGGUUGUGUCCAAAGCAAACCUUAUUGAUAGGAAUGACUCACGAGUUUGAUUACUACAAGGACAAUGAGUUUUUAAUGGAGUGGUCCAAAAGGGAAGGACUACCGGUGCAACUUGCUCAUGAUGGCUUGAGAAUGCCCAUAAACUUAUAGUAAGGUAAUACUCAUGAACUUGAAUCUAAGUCUCAAAAAGUAGCAUUGAUAAAUAUGUUGAAAAUUCAAAGCUUAAAAGUUUGUUACUAGCUAUAUAAGCAAGUCUGUCUGUCAUAUUGUUUUCUGUAAAACACAUUCUGUCAAGUAUACAAUUCUUUCAGAUAGUGAUGGUUAACAUGUUAUUAGAUCUUCUUGAGAAUUUGUGAGAAUUGUGACUUGUGAGUGA